UUCGCGCUGGGAAGCAGGGUCAAAGGUCGUGGGGACUGAAGGCGUUCUUGCCGCUGGUCCUGCAGCUAUGUAGUGGAGGGACAAGUUCCCUUCCGUAAAGUCUGGAAGGUUCUUGGGCUCCUCUAGGGCGCUAGCCACAGGACUGCUAGUCGCCAGCUUCGGGUCCCUGCUGGCUGAGCGGAGCCGCCGCCAUGUUUGGCUGCUUGGUGGCGGGGAGGCUGAAAAAGGAAACCACUCAUCUCAAGUUAUGAACCUAAUUUUCAUUCCUUGAAUGUUUUUUCUUGGAAGAGAGGUACAGACAGCUGCACAGCAAGUGGCAGAGGAUAAAUUUGUUUUUGACUUACCUGAUUAUGAAAAUAUCAACCAUGUUGUGGUUUUUAUGCUCGGAACGAUUCCAUUUCCUGAGGGAAUGGGAGGAUCUGUCUACUUUUCCUAUCCUGAUUCAAAUGGAAUGCCAGUAUGGCAACUCCUAGGAUUUGUCACGAAUGGUAAACCAAGUGCCAUCUUCAAAAUUUCAGGUCUUAAAUCUGGAGAAGGAAGCCAACAUCCGUUUGGAGCCAUGAAUAUUGUCCGAACUCCAACUGUUGCUCAGAUAGGAAUUUCAGUGGAAUCACUGGACAGUAUGGCUCAGCAGACUCCUGUAGGCAAUGCUGCUGUAUCGUCAGUUGACUCUUUCACUCAGUUCACACAAAAGAUGUUGGACAACUUCUACAAUUUUGCUUCAUCAUUUGCUGUCUCUCAGGCCCAGAUGACACCGAGUCCAUCUGAAAUGUUCAUUCCAGCAAAUGUGGUUCUGAAAUGGUAUGAAAACUUUCAAAGACGACUAGCACAGAACCCUCUCUUUUGGAAAACAUAAUUUGAAUAAAAUUAUUUUUAAUGGA